AUGAAACACAGCAGGGGGGUCUCUCAACGAGGUGGUGACGCCUCCUCUCGGCUCGGGGUGGGGCCCUCUGUGUGGAGAGACACUGCUGGCUUGGGGGGUAGUGUGUUGCUGCAGGCAGCGGGCGCUCAAGACGUCCUCUGUGAGGGAUCGGCAAUUACACAGCCUUCUCCUUCUGCGGAGACUCAGCAGACAGUGCGUAUGCGCAGGAGAAGGGCUUUGGCCCCUAAGGGGGGCCUCAAGGCUCGGAGUCGAGCAGUAGGAGGGAGGUGGGUGGUGUGGGGGAACACGGAGGCAGUGGACUCCUCCUUAGCGCCUCCGUGCGGAGCGGUUGCACAGAGAGAGAGACAAUCCUUGCACGAAGGCACACAGAGGGGGGGGGCCCUACACCCCGAGACAGAGAGAGCCCCACGCGCUCGUGCUGCACGGCCCCAGAGGGCAAGGGCCCCGGGGGAUCGAAAGGGGGGAGGGGGGCCCCCCGGCUGGGAUGGGCUUUUUGCUGUUGUUUUUCCGUGCGAUUGUCGUUGCUAUGUAACUGGACAUAGGCCUACUCCGCGCGCCUCCCCAAGGUGUGAGGCUGCGAGCAGCUUUCUACAGGCCUCUCUUGACAGUGUAGGCUCAGGCGGCAUGCGGCCUCAAGAAGGGCCUCCAGCGCAGCAAGCGUCGCCCCCUCAGGCGGACUGGCAAGCCACUCCUUCCGCAGCUGGGAGUGCAAGUGGACAGCUUCAUCGUCAUGCGCGUCCUCUGCCAUCGUGGGUUACGGCAUGCGUUUGCCGACUCCUUGCGCCUCCCUGCCGGGUCUGUGAAUGCUCUGCAAUGAGCUGCGAAGCCUUCUGUGCCCUCUUUCCCCCGAGAGGCGCCGAGUGCUCGGCAGCUGGAGUCGCACCCGCAGCAGGGGCCCCCUCCCCCUGGGAUCGAUUACGGGGGCCCCUGGAAAUGGGGCCCCUUGGAGACUCCCAGGGGGCCGGUGGCGGCCCCCCCCUGCUCGAUGAGUGGCUGCGGCUGGAGGCCAAGGCUUGCACCUCGUCAGCUGCCAGUCAGACUUCUCUAGGCCCUCUUGUGCCUUCAGAGGCAGCGACAAAGGCGCAAGAAGCAGCGGAGACUCUCUUGAGCGCCUCAGGCACCCUUUACGGAGUGGUGUGUUCCCCCGAGGAGGAGGAGACGCAGGAGUCGGCGGGGGCCCCUACGCGCGAGGAGCGACCGGAAAGGGCCCUGGUCUUGGGCCUCUGUGAAUGCGCCUUAUUUGCAUUGCAUGCGGAGGCUCAAAGGGCGGUGAGCUGUCUAAGAGCGCCCUUACCCAGCACCGCAGCUCCCCCUUCGUCUCUUCCCUUGGACCCCACUGGCUCUGCCCGCCUGCUCCUCACAAUAGCAGGGGGGGCCCACACGGCCGUUGCAGCUACAGAAAGGCGCCUGCUGCUGUCUCACGCGGCCUUUACUGGAGUCUGUGGCUCAGAGCCUCGUUUUCUGCAUGCCACCCCCGCGGAAGCACAAGCAGCAUCAACAACGUCCAGGAGUAAGGUCUACACAGCAGCCGUAGCCUGCGCGCUCGAGGAACUAAGGGCCUCACGGCUGCCUCUGAUGCUGCACCCUAAAGCUGCCGAGGUGUGGGCUCUCCGACGGCAGCAGCUGCGGGUGUGCCUGCUUCUGCUCCUAAAGCCCCCAGCGGAAGACACUACAUGCGUACCAGAGUCUAUGGAGAGCGCGGCAGAAGAAAUCCGAGAGGCCCUGCUCACCGAGGCGUCUCUACAGAGGGAGUCGCGAUGGCUCGCCCUUGCGGCACAGCGGCUGCUGCUGCUGCAGUCAGAACUCGCCCUCGCAACAUGGCAUCUGAGGGCCCGAAGCCACAGCUACCCAGCGGCCGAACACGCCCACCGCGUCUUUCAGCUCUUCCUCGCCGAAACAACAGCGGCAGCUGCGGCAGCUGCGGCUACUGCCUCCGCGCAAGGCAGCAUUUCGCCGGCAAGUGCUUUAGCGGAUACAGAAGAGUUGCUUCACAGCAUCGGCAACCCGAGUGCCUCCCGCCUAUUGGCUGAGGUCAAGACUAUGGAAUGGGAGUUCUGGAAGCGCACGGCCCAGACGGUCCCCUCGCACUUUGCGGGGGGCCACCAGCUGCUGCGUUUGCUCUCUCUGGAGCUGCAGCAGUUGCUGAAGCAGCGCGUCUUCUGCUCGACUGCAGAUCCUUUGCGGCGGCUUGAAGCCUCUUGGAUCGCCAUGCAGCUGUCUUCGGAAGGCACCGCUGCCACACGCGCUGCAGAAACGGCGGACGAGGCCCGCAAAGUGCUGUCUCUCUUCCCAGCGUGCGAGGCGGCGUGGAGACUGUGCACCUACUCGCUCGUUGCGCUAAUGGACUGGGCAGGGGCAGCCGCGGAAGCCUGUGCGCACCCUCAGGAGACCUUGAAGACGGCUGUAGAACCGCCACUAAGGGACCUGGUGCGGAGGGAGGCUGCGUGGGCCACCAAGUUCAGCCCUAUCCCCUUCGCGAAACGGCACACAGAAACGCUCGAGGAGGAGCUUCAACUGCUCCUAGAGCACGCAGACGCAUCCUAG